AGCAGCGAGCUGCGAGCGGCGAGCCCUUGCUCUAGUCCCGGCUUGGAACUGAACUGUACGAGCGCGGGUCCUGGAACCUGGGCUCAAGAACGGCAAGCCCGAGUCGGAGCCCCAGGCACAGCGGUCAGCCUCGGAGGCCCUGACUCGGAACAGAGCCGGGGCGCGCAGCGCCGAGCCGAAGAGAGCCGGAGAACGGAGAGCGAGGCGGGCGGGCCAGCGCCGCGUCGGGCAGGUCGGGGAGCAGGACCGCGGAAGGCAAGGAGACGGCCGCAAGCCCAGGGCAGAGGGCAGAGAGCGGCCUGGCUCGGCGGACAGCGCCGCUCGGCCGGAACCGAGCUCGCCGCCCGGGACGGCGGCCCCUGGUGGAGCGCGGACCCGGGGUGGCCGUGGGGUCGGAGCGACUCCCGGGCGGACGGUGGGGGGCGUGCCUCCUCCCUGCCCAGCCGCCCCAGCUCGGCCCGCCCGCCCGCUGCGUCGCCGGGGCAUGUGAGCGGGAAGCCCAGGCAGCCAGCCGCGAGGACCGCACGGAGGAGGAGCGGGAGCGCGGAGCCGCGAGCCCAGCGCCUGGCUGAGUAGAUGUCCAUGAGGAGUCCCAUCUCUGCCCAGCUGGCCCUGGAUGGCGUUGGCACCAUGGUGAACUGCACUGUCAAGUCCGAAGACAAGAAGGAUCCUUGCCAUGAGGCCCCUCAGGGCUCAGCUGCUGCCACUGAGCCCCAGCCUGCAGACCCAGCCCGGGUCCCCCAGGAUGGUGCAGACCCCCAAGCUCCAGCUCAGGACUGUAGCUCUCCCGAGAGCAAUGGGUCUCCAAGACCUAAGAGACCAGGAGCCUCUGAGGCUGCUUCUGGAAGCCAGGAGAAGCUGGACUUCAAACGAAAUUUAAAAGAAGUGGUGCCGGCCAUCGAGAAGUUGCUGUCCAGUGACUGGAAGGAGAGGUUUCUGGGAAGGAACUCUUUGGAAACCAAAGAUGUCAAAGGGACCCAAGAGAGCCUGGCAGAGAAGGAGCUCCAGCUACUGGUCAUGAUCCACCAGCUGUCCACCCUGCGGGACCAGCUCCUGACCGCCCACUCAGAGCAGAAGAACAUGGCUGCCAUGCUCUUUGAGAAGCAACAGCAGCAGAUGGAGCUGGCCCGGCAGCAGCAGGAGCAGAUUGCCAAGCAACAGCAACAGCUAAUUCAGCAGCAGCAUAAGAUCAAUCUUCUUCAGCAGCAGAUACAGCAGGUCAACAUGCCUUAUGUCAUGAUCCCAGCCUUCCCUCCAAGCCACCAACCUCUACCUGUCACCCCUGACUCCCAGCUGGCCUUGCCCAUCCAGCCCAUCCCCUGCAAACCAGUGGAGUACCCGCUGCAGCUGCUGCACAGCCCACCUGCCCCAGUGGUGAAGAGGCCUGGGGCCAUGGCCGCCCACCACCCCUUGCAGGAACCCCCCCAGCCCUUGAACCUGACAGCCAAGCCCAAGGCUUCGGAGCUGCCCAACACCUCCAAAUCCCCCAGCCUGAAGAUGAGCAGCUGUGGCCCCCGCCCUCCUAGCCACGGGGCCCCCACGCGGGACCUGCAGUCCAGUCCCCCCAGCCUGCCUCUGGGCUUCCUUGGUGAAGGGGAUCCUGUCACCAAAGCCAUUCAGGAUGCUCGACAGCUGCUGCAUAGCCACAGUGGGGUCUUGGAAGGCUCCCCUAAUGCCCCCUUCCGUAAGGACCUCAUCAACCUGGACUCGUCCCCAGCCAAGGAGCGGCUAGAGGAGGGCUGUGUGCAUCCACUGGAGGAAGCCAUGCUGAGCUGUGACAUGGACGGCUCCCGCCACUUCCCAGAGUCACGGAACAGCAGCCACAUCAAGAGGCCCAUGAACGCCUUCAUGGUGUGGGCCAAGGACGAGCGGAGGAAGAUCCUCCAAGCCUUCCCUGAUAUGCACAACUCCAGCAUCAGCAAGAUCCUUGGCUCCCGCUGGAAGUCCAUGACCAACCAGGAAAAGCAGCCCUACUAUGAGGAACAGGCGAGGCUGAGCCGGCAACACCUGGAGAAGUAUCCCGACUACAAGUACAAGCCGCGGCCCAAGCGCACCUGCAUAGUGGAGGGCAAGCGGCUGCGUGUGGGCGAGUACAAGGCCCUGAUGAGGACCCGGCGCCAGGAUGCCCGCCAGAGCUAUGCCAUCCCCCCUCAGGCUGGCCAGGUGCAGAUGAGCCCCUCGGACGUCCUGUACCCUCGGGCGGCAGGCAUGCCCCUGGCACAGCCGUUGGUGGAGCACUAUGUCCCCCGAAGCCUGGACCCCAACAUGCCUGUUAUUGUCAACACCUGCAGCCUCAGGGAGGAAGGUGAAAGCACAGAUGACAGGCACUCAGUGGCCGAUGGAGAGAUGUACCGGUACAGUGAGGACGAGGACUCAGAGGUCGAAGAGAAGAGUGAUGGGGAGUUGGUAGUGCUCACAGACUGAUCCUGCGGUGUGGGCCUGGCCCCUUCUGGGGAGAGACCCCACCUCCACCCCACGGGCACAGCCAGCUGACCUGGACUCUGUUGGUACUUGGACUUGGGUGUGCCCUGGAGAUGAGCAAAGCUGUGCACUUGUAGAUAUGUUCAUGAGGGGAGAGUCCCCCUCCCCACCACACCCUUGGACAUACCUAAUAAGCUGUCACUGGUGGGCAGGGCCCACAUUGGUGAUGGGCUGAGCUGGGCAAGCUGUUUGGCCCUUGGGGCUCACAGCCAGGGGACACUGGAUGGCCCUCCCUCCUGCAGGUCUACCCAUGGGGAUGUGGCAGCUAUAGACCUGUCCCCUUGGGGUCACAUGCUUUGUUUCCAUUCCUGUCCUGGUUGGACCAGCCACUGUGGGACCACCACCCCUUCCCACAUUCCCCCAAGAUCACUCCUCUGUCACCAGGAUCGCUUUGUACAGAAGGGUCUGGCUGUCUCCCACUGUCUUUAUCUCUGCCAAGCCCGCUGUGCCUCUGGCUGCUCUCUGUGUGUGUAUGUGUGUAUGUUUUCAUCUGUUCGUUCAUUGCACAACAUAUUUAUUGAGUGCCCUGGAUGUGCUGGGCACUGUUGCUGAGUUCCUGUGGGUGUGUCUCUUGAUGCCACUCUCAUUUCUCUGGAGGCCUUUCUGUGCUUCUCUUUUUUCCCAAAUUGCUACCUCUUUGUCAGUCUGGGUGUCUCAGGUUCUGUCUGUCCUGUGUGCAAUUCUCUGUCUUGUCUUUCUGCAAGGCCCCUCUUUGUCUCUCUAUCCCUGCCCCCACAUGCCCUCUGGGUCCUUUUAGCCUCUUGGUCUGCCUGGGGCCCACCAGCCUUCCUGACCUGCCCACCUGUUCACUCUCCCCACCCCAACUCCCUUUCUGACUCUAUCAGUCGGUUCCCACGGAGCCACUUUUAGGUCUGAACAGCAUGGGAAUGUGCCUCAGCCUCCAAGGGGCUUUGUCCUGGUGCCCCAGCCCUGUCCCUUAUCCCGACCUGAUUGCAGGAAGGGGGGGGGUGGGAAUUGAUGCUCCCUUCCAAUGACAGGGGCCCUAGAGAGGAGCUUCCCCAUGGGAGCUGGUCUCCAGCCCACCCUCAUGAACAUGGGGGAGCUCCCCAUUCUUGGAAGGGGUUGCUACACCCUCUUAGCCUGACCCUGCCCCUCUUCUACCUGCCCUCCCCUCCCCAACUCUACACUAGGGAGUGGGUCUCAGAUUCACAAGUUAUUUCCUUAAGGAAAUCAAAUCCUAUUGGCAUCUAACUCCAAAGAUCUGGAACAGCUCUCAGAUCAGGGUGGGAAGGGAACCCCAAAUCCCACAGGGCCAGAUACGGAGUCUGCCUGCCCCCCAUCUCCUCCCCUUUCCCAAAGCCCCCAUUUCUUUCCAGGCUGUUUCUUUUUUAUGACUGUAAACAUAGAUAGUGCUUUAUUUUGUUAAUAAUAAGAUAAUGAAUAACUUAACCAGCACAUUUCUCCUGUUUACACUCGGGGGAUUUUUUUGGUUUCUGAUGGCAUAAUAAAGACAGAUCAUUUCAGAA